AUGCCCAUCAAAAUUGGCCUGGUUGGUUUGCCUAAUGUUGGCAAGUCUUCCUCAUUUCAUUUUUUAACCAAAAAAGACAUCAAAGACAUCGCUAAUUAUCCGUUCGCCACUAUUGAACCUAAUAUUGGCAUAAUGCCGCUUGCUGACCCUCGCCUGGAAAAGUUGAUCAAAGGUGCUUCGCAAGGUUCCGGAUUAGGUAAUGAAUUUUUGUCUCAUAUUCGGGAGGUGGAUUUAAUUUGCCAAGUGCUUCGUUGUUUUCCGGAAAAAGAAAUAGUUCAUGUGGAAAAAUCAGUAGACCCCAUUCGAGACUUUGAAAUAAUUCAAUUAGAGUUAAUUUUGGCGGACUUGCAACAAAUUAAAAGGAAAUUGGAAAAGUUGAAAGUGCGAGAUGAAAAAUCCCAAAAAGAAAAAGAAGUUUUGCAAUUGGUUCAAGAAAACUUAGAAAAGGAAAUGCUGGUUAGCCAAUUAGAUUUAACAAAAGAAGAAAAAGAGUUAAUAAAAGGUUAUAAUUUUCUUACUAAUAAGCCCGUCCUUCUAUUGGCUAAUUAUGGGGGGGAGGAAAAUGAAAUCCAGGAAUUAAGAGAAUAUGGAGAAAAAAGAGGACUGUCUUUCUUUCCCCUGGCAGUUAAAUUAGAAAAGGAAAUGGAGGAAUUGUCCAAGGAGGAAAAGGAGGAAAUGGGUUGA